GAAAUCGUUUUCACGGCAUACGUGGUGUUUGAAGGCACAAAUAUUUUUUUCUUUCAUUUUAAAACGUAUUUAUAACGGUGUAUAUGAUGUAUACACGAAUAAUUCUAAGAGGAUCUAUUUCAAGCUCAUGCGUAAUUAAAUCAGUGUUGAUAAAUCACUUACAGAUGCACAUUCAAGUGUCAAGUGUACGGUGGGUGUGAUCUAGAAUUAGGGCUCUGUCAUCUCGAUGACGUAGAGGAACUCAAAUCAGCCUUAACUUUAAACCUCUCCGUCUCAUACACUUAAAUUAAACACAAAAUAAAUCAAGGUUUUUAAAUCAGCUGGCCUAAAUGGGUCUCUAAAGCGCAUGACUGACUUCUGUUUCGCUUUCCGGACAGCUGAUCGCGCGUGCUACACUGGACCAGGAAAAAUGCAACUAGGUUUGUCGGUUUCUGACAGUGAUGUCUCUUCGUUCACCCCUCUGGUGGUCCUGGAGCUUGCUGAUGACACUAAAGCAGAGGCCAUCACUUGGUUUCUAAACCGGAUCAGAGACAAUCAGCACAAUGGAGGAGCAGAGUUGUUGGUGGAUCAGCUCCUGUUUCCAGCUCAGGAUGGACAGAAGUCUAAUCCAAAUGUCUUUGUGGUGGGCUCCACAUUGCGGAGGCUCUUAAAAGGAGCUGAGGAUGUAGGGUUAUUUAAGGAGUUUCAAGAUGGGAUAAUGCGAGGGUUCACUUAUGCCAACAGAGAAAGCUUCAAAGACUUUUAUGGAGAUGGUGAAGGAUUUCUCAGUGAUGCCGAGUGUCAAUGCAUUAUCAAACAUGAGUUAGACACACUUAGGGCUAAGAAUGAAGAGCAUGUUCCUGGAUACCCUAAGGUUAAACUCUACCCUGGAAAAUCUGUUGUGCGGAGGUUGCAGUCUAAAGGUGUCCUAGUCCAGUAUUUUCCUCUCCAUAACAAAGAAGACCUUAAAAGGCUCUCGUUCUCAUGGUACAAAAAGAUCAAAUUGUCCUUCCAGCCACUGGAUGACAUUAGACAUUACUUUGGUGAGGGUCUGGCGCUCUACUUUGGAUUUCUGGAAUAUUUCACCUUUGCCUUGGUGCCCAUGGCCCUCAUUGGGAUCCCUUACUAUCUCUUUGACUGGGAGGACUACGACAAGUAUGUGCCGUUUGCUGUUUUCAACCUGGUUUGGUCUACCGUAUUCUUGGAAGUGUGGAAGAGAUGCAGCUCUACGUUAGCAUACGAGUGGGGAACUCUGAGCCGCAAAAAAGCAUUUGAAGAACCGAGGGCUGGAUUCCAUGGAGCUUUGGGGUUUAAUCCAGUCAUGGGCCGAGAGGAACCAGUCUACCCUAGCUCAAAGCGGCAGUUAAAGAUAUAUUUGGUGUCUGUUCCCUUUGUUCUGCUAUGCCUGUAUCUGUCCUUUUACGUGAUGAUGGUUUACUUUGACAUGGAGAACUGGGCCAUAAGCGUAUACGAUGAAAAUCCAGACUUUGCGACCGGCAUUCUGCUGUUUGUACCUGGUAUCAUCUAUGCUGUGGUCAUCGAGAUCAUGAACUUACUGUAUCUCUAUGCGGCAGAGUUUCUCACAAACUGGGAAAACCAUAGACUGGAGUCAUCAUUUCAAAAUCACCUUGUGCUCAAGGUUUUGGUGUUUAACUUUGUAAACUGCUUUGCCUCUCUCUUCUAUAUUGCCUUUGUCAUGCAAGAUAUGGUGCUUUUGAGACAGAAUUUGGCCACGCUGCUCAUCACCUCUCAAAUCCUGAAUCAAGUGAUGGAGGCCUUCCUGCCAUACUGGCUACAGAGGAGGAGGAACAAAAAUAUCCAUAAGAGGAUGAGGAGAGUGAUGGGUGAUAAAGAGCUCCCCCUGCUGGAACAAGUUCAGCUGGAGACUGAAAUGUACACCUAUCUGGGCACAUUUGACGACUACCUCGAGCAGUUCCUGCUGUUCGGCUAUGUGAGUCUGUUCUCCUGUGUGUAUCCACUGGCUGCUGUGUUGGUGGUGCUGAACAACAUCACUGAGGUUUAUUCUGACGCCUUCAAGAUGUGCCAUGUUUUCAAGCGUCCCUUCUCAGAACCAGCAGCGAACAUCGGGGUGUGGCAGUUGGCAUUUGAGACGAUGAGCGUUAUCGCCGUGGUGAUCAACUGUGCUUUGAUUGGUUUGUCUUCACAAGUGAAAGCAUACUUCCCUGAAUCAGAGACUCAGAUGAUCCUCAUUGUGGUGGCUAUAGAGCAUGUUAUCCUUGCCUUCAAAUUCAUCCUGGCAUUCGUGAUUCCAGAUGUUCCUAAACAUAUCGAAGUCAAACUAGCCAAGCUGGAGUUUGAUUCCCUAGAAGCUCUUAAGAAAAGGAAACUAUUGGAAGCUGCGGAGACCUGAUAUACGUGGAAUAAAUGAAGGGUGAUGACUACAACACAACGAAAGUACUCCAGGUGUACACAUGCUGUAAACUAUCUAUUAUUAUAUUUAACUGACUUUGACUUUAAAUAUGCACUCCUUGUUACUCACAAAAUGGCUUAUUGAUUCUGUACACUUCUGAAUUACAGGGUUUUAUGUUUUUUUCCGUUAUUGGAGUUGCACAAAUUGUAUUAUUUCUUUAUAUGUCAAUAAAACUGUUACUGGUA